UUAACUAAAAAUCAUCGAAAAAUAACAUUUGAUAAUCCAUUGGACUUCAGAAUGUCAGUCACAUUAUUGACAUAUCGGACACUUAUAAGAAGUCGUAAAAUAUCUAUGAAAUACAAUAUAUUGCCUCAAGUUUUACAAAAACAAUACAUUAAUGAUAUGUCAAACAAAGUCGAUGAUAGUAUCAAAUCAUGUGAAGUUAAAGAGUUAACAUUUCCACUUCCUUAUGGACAGUUAGCUGCCAAAGAAUGGGGAAAUCCAAAUGGUUUACCAGUGUUGGCAGUUCACGGAUGGUUAGAUAAUUGCGGUUCAUUUGAUCCUUUAAUACCUCACAUAUUAAAGCCACACAAUUUGCAUGUCGUUGCUAUCGAUGAGCCCGGAGUUGGCUUAUCAUCACAUAAGCCAUUGGGCUCAGAGUACGGCCGUUGGAAUACUGUCCUUGAAAUGAAACGAGUGAUCGAUGACUUGAAAUGGGAUAAACUGACUGUUUUGGGUCAUUCACAAGGCGGACAUUAUGCUCUACUUUUCGGAGCCAUUUACCCUAAUUUAGUUGAAAGAGUUAUUACAAUUGAUAUAUAUAAACCACUUACAUAUCAUGGCACCAAUUGGGCCAAAAAAGUGUCCAAAAUAACAGAAAUUCAUAUGAAAUAUGAGGGCUAUUUGAAAGAUGAAUUAGAGAACAAAUCGCGAGCACCGGUAUAUUCAGAGCCGGAUGCUCUCAAACGUCUUAUGGAAGGCCACGGAAACUCAUUGAAUGAAGAGAGCGCCCGAAUACUUAUGAAGAGAGGGGCCAAACAACUAAAUAGAGGCAUAACUUUUAGCCGAGAUAUUCGAUUAAAGAUCCCAUCACUGGACCCCCCGCCCACUGACCAACAAAUGACUCAAUUCAUGACUCAUCUCAAGUCUGAUCUAUUGGUGAUAAAUGCUAAACAAACGCCUUAUCAGAUGCCUGAAGAUGUUAAGCAACGAUAUUACGAUGUAUACCAACAAAACUGUCGUUAUUUUAAAAAUGUAUCACUCGAUGGUACACAUCAUCUCCAUAUGAAUGAUCCCAUUCCUGUUGCAAAUGAAAUUAAUAAAUUCAUUACCGAAUCACUUGCAUUACAAACCAAAUCAAAACUUUAG